AUGACCCGCGGCGAAGCCACCCAGUCCAAGGUCCACUACAAGGGCAAGCUUGACGACUUCGUCGUCUUCGUUGACGACCCCGAGGCGUUCAAGAAGUGGCAGAGCGACAAGAGCGUCCCUCUGGCCCAAUUUGUCUCCACCUUCAGGAUCUUCCUCACCCACAAGCAAGGAGCGCAAGGCACCCUCGACGCCGCUCCCAAGGGCACAUUAGCUUCUGAAUUUGGCACCGAUGAUGAGGACGAGGUCAUCAAGAAAAUCUUGACGGAGGGCACCAUGCAGACGGUCGAGAUGCCCAGCCGACAAGGCGUCACCAAUGAGUCCAUGAGCUCCAUGAAGGCUCACUAG